GUAUUUUUAACAAAGCGCCAAACAAGUCACAAGACAAGAACCCCACAUAUUCACGGGUUGAUCACAAGAAACCACAAACCUCACUGCCGCCCAUUACCAAGAAGACAUCACUCCUCUUUCGUAUUACGUACACCUACAAUGGAGAGAUUAGUAGAAUUAUCAGACACAGAGGUGCGCAUAGACUUCUUGCUGUAUUCCAAAUGCCGAGCCACAGUACGUUUGAGGUCACUUUGUGCCACAGCCCCAGUAGCUUUCAAAAUCCAAACUUCAUCUCCGCAUAAGUUUCUUGUUAAUCCACCAACUGGACUCAUUUCUCCUCUGUCUUUCGCUACCUUCCAAAUCGUCCUCAGACCUCAAAAUCAACUCCCACCCACUUUCCCACGCUCUCCGUCUGACCGUUUUCUAAUCAAAACGGCUCCGUUUGCCUCCAACUCGCCGUGUUCAACUCACCCCGACUCACUAGCCUCCUGGUUCUCCUCUCUCCCUCUCGACUCAACUCAGGACUUCAAACUCAAGGUUGCCUUUGUUGGACCCUUUCUUCUACGCCACGCUGUCAGCUGUGGAGAUGCCGACUCAGUCAAGAAUAUAUUGAAGAGGCAAAAGACAAUUCUGUCUGAAUUGACCCAGAGAGAUGCUGAGUCGUUGCUCCGAGUUGCGACCGAGUUGGACAACUCGGAGGUUGUGGUGAAUUUACUGCUUGAAGGCGGGUUGAAGAUUGACGCAUGUGUGACAGCUGGUGGGGUGGGGUCUUAUCAGGUGGAUCCCAGGUGGGAAUCCAAGGGAUGGAGUGAUUUACACGUGGCAGCGGCUCUUGAUCGGGCGGAUGAUGUUUUGGAUUUGUUGAAAGGAUCGGGGCCGUUGGAUUUGAGAGAUAAGGAGGGAAGGACACCGUUGCAUUUGGCUUCUAGUAGGGGAAAUAUCAAGUGUGCUAAAUUGUUGGUGGAAUCGGAUGCUGAUAAGGAUGCUAAGAGUAAGGAUGGUAGGACAGCGUUGUAUAGAGCAGCGGCUAAUGGUGACCGUAGGAUGGUUGAGAUGUUAAUUGAUGUUGGCGCGGACCCCACCAUUCCAGACGAUCGUGGCCGUUCAGCAAUGGACGCUGCUCGUGACAAGGGCCAUGAGGAGGUUGUGGAGGUUUUACAAUGUGGAGAGCUAGCACUAAUGGCCGCAAGACGUGGUGAAUUAGAGAGCCUCGAAUCAUUACUGAGAAGGGGUGCCAGCUUGAAAUAUCGCGAUCAAUAUGGUUUCACAGCCUUGCACGCAGCAGCUGUGAAGGGACACACGGACAUAGUGUCGAUGCUUGUUGAAUUUGGAGUGGAUUUAGAAUGCCAGGACAAUGAAGGUCAUGCCCCGUUGCAUUUGGCAGUGGAGGGCGGCCACAUAGAAACGGUGGAGGUGUUGAUCAACAGGGGAGCCAAUGUUAAUGCGAGGAGCAAUCGAGGUGCCACCCCUCUCUACAUGGCUAAAGCCAUCGGUUAUGAUGAUAUUUCACAGUUUCUGGUGGAUAGAGGAGCCUCCUCUUCUCCCCCCCUCUCUCUGCCUUCCUCGUCAUUUCUCAUGUUGCAACCAUAAACCAGUCUUAAAUCACAUUUUUUUUUUUUUGUAAUUUUGACUGAACAUUGACAAGUGUUAAGAGCAACAUGUUACAGUCUCA